AAUUUUUAUGACUGACCCACCCGCCGAACUAGACACCAUUUUGGACUCACUGCAUUGUGCUCACUGCGACCAGUGCCCCGGAAGUUGGCAGUGCCCGGGAACCGACCGGGAAAGAUAAAGCACCGCCGUUAAUCGUUGUCGCCUGUCUGCCUGUCUGUGUAUGUGCUUUCUUCGCCGUAAUUGUAAUAUAUCGAUGUCGCCUUGGCGAGUUGGGCGUGAACAGGAGGUGCCAGUGCCAGAUCAUAAAUCGUCAACGGGAGCCACAUUGAUGGUUCGAUCCGAUCACAUCAAUAACAAUUGAACGGCCCUAGCCCGGUUUAAGAUUUCCAAAACCGAAGGAUAAAGUAUAUUUCGGAAGGCCAAACCCCUCAACUAUGUGCGCUUAUGUUGUGUGAUUAUGCCAACGGUUUCCGGACGCGAGCAGUUCCAAUGAGAUCAUUAGUGCAGUUGCUCUGCGAUCGCGAGAUAGACUACAGUGACCGCCAGACGGAGCCGGUCGUCCUGCCGAGGGUCGCGAACGAGCCGCGAGCAGAGCCACAGAUCCGUCCAGCGAUGAACACCACCUCGCCCAAGUCGUCCCUGGCCAAGCUAGGCCUUCACCCGAAAACGAAGCCAUUCCGGGUGAUGGUGCUCGGCCAGAGUGGCGUGGGAAAAACAGCGAUGGUGGUUAGGUUUAUAACGAAGCGCUUCAUUGGCGAGUACGACCCGAACCUGGAGAAGGUCUACACCUUCAACACCUUGAUCGACAACGAGCUGGUACUAUUCGAAAUAUUGGACGCUGCCGGUCAGCCGAAUGAAGCCGACUGUCUGACGCUCGAGGCGAACAUCCGCUGGGCCGAGGCGUUCAUCUUGAUGUACUCGGUAGCGGACAAGUGCAGCUUCGACGAGUGCAACCGUCUAAAGUUCCUCAUUAACUACAACAAACGGCGCCGUAGGCUUGGCUCCUACAACAAAGAUCCCUUGCUGGACGUGCCGGUGAUUCUGGUCGGCAACAAGAUCGACCAAACGGGCGACCGGAUGGUCAGCACGGAGGACGGGCAGCGGCGGGCGAAGGAAAUAUCCUGCGCCUGUUUCCACGAGGUGUCGGUGCGCGAGAGCAUCGAGCAGGUGAACGGGGUCUUCCGGGACGCGUGCCGCUUCUGGCGUGUCCUGUCGCGCUACCCGAAGCUGAAGCGGUCCACCAGCGACGUCCACGAUCUGCACUCGGAGGUCGAACUGAUCCUGAGCCCGGACAGUGUGCAUCCGUUCUGCAACUGCGAUCUGAGCCACGAGAAACGCCAAUCCAUCAUCAUACUCGGCCGACCGUGGACGGAAGAGGAACCGGACGAGACGGACGAGUCGGAGUCGAGUUGCUGCUCGUCGCAAAAGUCCGACAUCGAAGAGCCGUUCCGGGGGCGGGCAUCCACCGACGGGACGCUCCUGUCACGGCCGCGGCGCUGGCGGUUUGCGCCUCCCGGGUCCCUCGGGCCGCACGUGGGCCGCGUCGAGCGCCGCAUGAGCAUAUCGAUGCGGGGCAGCAACGCCAGCUACUGAGUGGAUCCGAAGCUCCAACGGACGACACGCGACAGAGUGAGGACAGCGACAUUGUGAUUCCGUUUAUUUUUGUAAUGACGUUUACCGACGCGCGCCUCCCUUCCUUCCGAAGCCGCUGGCACCAGAAACGGGAGGAGCAUAUUUUCCGCGAACGGAGAUUAUUAUCAAUGAGUCGGUGGUGUUAAGGACGGAAAUUUCCAGUUUAUAGUGAGACGUGACGGAUACUACAUCUUAAGGGAUAAUAAAGUAAAACAAUCGCCAUCGCUAUU